AGUUGCAAAAGCGUUUUUUAUUUCAUGCUUCACGGAAUGACAGCCGCCACACACGAUACAAAAUACAGCAAAGACUGCUUUAAACUUGCUUUUAAAUGCACCUAAGGGUUGAACGCGAAUCUUGACUUACUGGGAUUUGCCAUCUGACGGCUUUGUCGGACAUACAAAGUAGCAAGAAGGCAACACAUGACACUAUUGUAGCAACGACAAAGGAACAUACGAAACAUCCCUCGAUGUCACCUCGAAGGUUGGCUAUCAGAUUUUAGUGUUGUUAUGCAGAGAAUAUCGUGUUGAUUUCAUAAUGUCGGACAGAUACAACGACAUCAAAGAUCGUCUUAAAAACUGGGAACGGAACUUUUUUCAGGAACACAAGCGCAAACCCAGCAAGGAGGACAUUGACAACGCAUCUGAAGACACUAGAAAACUCUACAAGGAAUAUCGGUCCUUGAGGCAAGCCAAAGAAAACAACAAUAACAGUCACCAUGAAGCGCCCACACAAACUCCAGAGACUAACCCAGCUGCCAAGAAGGAGCCAGACUGCUGGGGGGCCCACCUGAGCCGCAAAAAUAUGCCUGUGGCCCCUCCAAAACUCACCCCAAAGGAGAAAGAAUCUUUGCAGGCCUCUGCACAAUACUUUGGCAUGAAGCUGAAGUCAAAUCUUGGCUCUUCAUUCAAGGAGAGGCCGAUGAGCCUGAAAAAGUCCUCCACUCCUCGGAGGACACCCCUGAAGACUUGGAAGGACAGCGGCUGCAGCCAGGAGGAGUCCGGUUCCUCCCCAGCGCCACUCGGUACCGAGCCUGAACCCCCGUUCCCCCAUUCCCCAAAGCCAGCCAACACAUGCCCGAACCCCAACAGCGCCAACGCGGUGCAGACAACCAGCGCCAAGUCGGACCAGGUGGACCGCGGCGGCGACUUGGACGACCUGCAGCCUUUUGAGCCGUUCAAACCCACACCGUCCAAAGCGUGGCGCCCCGUCACGACGCCGGGCACGCCUCCAGCCAGCCUGGCACAGAGGGCGCAGCAGCUGCGGCAGUCCGUGACCCAGCGCCUGUCCUCCGUGGACCAGGGCUGGCUGCAGCGAUGUCAGGUGUUCGAUGAGGUGGAUGACAGCGAGAAGCCUGUGGCGGGAAACUCUGCGGUGGAUCCUGGCAAGGUGAAUGGCGGUGGCGUCCACUCUUCUCCUCUUGGCAUCAACAACAGCAGCAUCAGCAGCAUGAGCUCUGCUGCAGAUGCCACCACCAGUCAGACCCAGCCCACAGCGGCCCGUGUCAUGGAGGAGGAUAAGCCCCCUGGUCCCAGGGGAGGCUCGGCGGUGGCGGUGGCUGCUGCUGUUGCCAGGAACGCUCAGGGCCGUGCGAGGCCUCCAGACGACAGGCCGCAGAAGAACCAGGAGAAGAGGGGUGGCGUAACGUCUCGGGCCGAGGGAGCUGCUUCGCUCUGGGACGCGGGCCACAGCGGCGGCUCCUCAUUAGGGCCCGGCGAUGGGGAAACCAGACCUGGCCGCCCCGGGCUCGGAGCACAAGUGCAGGAGGAGGGGGAGGAGGAGGAGCGGGUCAAAAUGGAAGAGCAGGCCAGUGGCGGCGUCAGCACCGCCAAGAAGCGCCGUGGGGCGAGAGCCAGGAAAGGCCGAGAAGAUGGCGAGGGGAUGGAGGAGGAAGGGCGGACAGGAGAGAUGGGGGAAGAAGGAAGCCAACCGAAGGGCUCGAAAGGGGGGCGCAAAAGGGCCCAAAAGAGGCCGAGGGACGAGUACGACUUUGAGGAGGAGGAAGGUGGGAAUCGGACACCAGCAACGGCCGCCGGCAACGACGGCGAAGAAAAGCAGCAGGGAGCAGCCAAGAAGAGGAGGAGAAGAGCCACAAAAAAAGAGGAGGAGGAGGGAGGAGAGGAGCACGGCGGCGCAGACGGCCCCGGAAAAAAAGCAGCUCGAGCACCACGUGGGCGGAAAGCGGCAAGAGCCAAAGGAGGAAACGGAGGAGACGGACACGGCAGCGACCCCGAACAGGAGGAGGAGGAGAAGAAGAGAGGAGAAAAGCAGAAGCCCCAGAGGGUCCCGAAGGAGAACCUAAUGGGGGAGCUGGAGGAUGAGCAGGAGGCCAGGGCUGCGGCCUCCACCAGGGUGAAGAACACGGUGCGGCCCAGAGGGAUCAAGAAUUCGGACUCAAACUUUGUCAAGAUCAACCUAAAGAAGAAAUCUCACGUCAAAGGGUUUGCCUUGCGGGGCGCUGCACUUCGGAAACAGAUGUACAUGCAGAAGUUCCAGCUGAAGGGCGAACGAUUUGGGGGCUACGGAGGUCGAGGCCGAGGCCGUGGGGGACGCUUUGGUGGCUUCAAUCGUCAAGGAGACACGUGCUACAAGUGUGGUGGCACUGGCCACUGGGCCAUGGACUGCAAGGGAAAAGUUCCAGCUCCUGGGGUGGUCGGUGCCAGUGCCAGUGCCGGUGCCCCUCCAGAGGAAGAAGAGGAGCCAUUCGAGUUGCCCACCCUGGAGGAGGUUGCCCGGGCAACGGGCACUCUUCGCUCCGAGCCCAUAGUGGUAGCAGCACCAAGUGUGAAGGAGGAAGAGGAGGAUGGGGACGAAGGCCAGGGUAAGCAGGAAGAGACCCUAUUGAACGUCAUCAGACCGGACUACGAGAAGCCACCGCCCCCACCCCCAAUGGAGCCCCUCUACGGCCUCAACGACGAAGGCAAAGUCAGAGCUGCGCCAGAGGAAGUCUUCUCGGCCCUAAGAGACUUUGGAUACAAAUCCUUCAGGCCGGGCCAGGAGGUGGCCAUAAUGCGAAUCCUAUCUGGCCAGUCCACCCUGGUGGUGCUCUCCACGGGGAUGGGCAAGUCCCUGUGCUACCAGCUCCCGGCUUACCUCUACGCCCAGAGGUCCAAUUGUAUCACGCUGGUGGUCUCUCCUCUGGUCUCCCUCAUGGACGAUCAGCUCUCAGGUCUGCCUCCCAAUCUUAAGGCUGCAGCCAUUCACUCCAACAUGAGCAUGAAGCAGAGAGAGGCAGCUAUAGAGAAGGUGAAGGCGGGCCAGGUGCAUGUGCUGCUGCUGUCCCCCGAGGCCCUGGUGGGCGGGGGCCACUCCGGCUCCGGCUGCCUGCCCCCUGCUGACCAGCUCCCCCCGGUGGCCUUCGCCUGUAUUGACGAGGCCCACUGCGUCUCGGAGUGGUCCCACAACUUCAGACCCUGCUACCUCAGACUCUGCAAGGUGCUGCGUGACCGUCUGGGUGUGCGUUGUCUGCUGGGUCUGACGGCCACGGCCACCCUCUCCACCGCGCUGGACAUCGCCCACCACCUGAACAUCAGCGACCAGGAGGGCAUCGCCGUGCGCUCGGCCGCCGUGCCACACAACCUCCAGCUCUCCGUCUCCAUGGACCGGGACAAGGACCAGGCCCUGGUGUGUCUGUUGAAGGGGGAGCGGUUUGGUGCUCUGGACUCCAUCAUUGUGUACUGCACCAGGCGAGAGGAGACCACGCGCAUCUCCGCACUACUGCGCACCUGCCUGCAGGGGGUGACGGUCAAGGAGUCGGCCGUGCCCCGCAAAGAGGACGACGACAACCCAGUGGGCAAGAAGAAGAAAGCUCUGGCCAGGAAGAAGAUCCGCAAGCCCCUCAAAUGGAUUGCGGAGGCGUACCACGCGGGCAUGUCGGCGUCGGAGCGUCGGCGCGUGCAGAACAACUUCAUGUGCGGCGAGCUACGUGUGGUGGUGGCCACGGUGGCGUUCGGUAUGGGCCUAGACAAGUCGGACGUGCGGGGCAUCGUGCACUACAACAUGCCCAAGAGCUUCGAGAGCUAUGUGCAGGAGAUCGGCCGAGCGGGCAGGGACGGGGAGCCCGCGCACUGCCACCUCUUCCUGGACCCCGAGGGCGGGGAUCUGCACGAGUUGCGGAGACACAUCUACUCAGACACUGUGGACUACAUCACCGUCAAGAAGCUCGUCCAGAAGGUCUUCCCAUCAUGCAAGUGCAGACAGAUUCACGAGAAGCACCAGGAAAUGGCUAAGGCUAUGGAAGUAGAUGACGAGGAGAUGAUGGAGCUGAUGGAUGCGUGUGAGGGCGUUCACGACAGCCAAGCACAGCAGCAGCCAUCAGAGGUGACCACGUCAGACCAAAGCACAGCUGUUAAGAUGGAUGCCAUGGAGACACCUGAGCAGACCUCCACCUCCACCACCAUCACCAGCAGUGAGGAGCAGACCUCCACCACCAUCACCAGCAGUGAGGAGCAGAAGCACUCGCUAAAUCCGACCGAGAACCCACAACCCCAUCAACAGACCUCUUCCUCUCAAGCAGAUGAUGACAGGGAGGGCAUGGUUAAGACACCUGGAGGUGACAUGGAGGAGGAGGAGGAGGAGGAGGAGGAGGAGAUGGUGGAAAAAGACUUUGUAGUCACACAGAGAGUGUGUCACACCCAUGAGAGGGCCAUUCCAAUGCAGGACGUAGUGGAGAACCUGGACAUCACAGAAGAAGGUGUGGAGACAUUGCUGUGCUACCUGGAGCUGCAUCCUCAGCAGUGGGUGGAGCUACUGCACCCCACCCUCUCCGUCUGCGACCUGCAGUGCUACGGAGGAUCGCAACAGCUGCGCAAGCUCACCAAAAUCUGUCCCCCUGUGGCGGUGGCCCUGGCGCGUAAGAGGAUGGCCGGGGAGCGUGUGGAGUCCUGCAGCUCUCUGGAGUUCGACGUGGUGGAGCUGGCGGACACUAUGGGAUGGCAACUGCACCUGGUCAAGAGGGGACUCAGGCAACUACAGUGGGGCUCAGGGUUCUUCGGUGGUUCAGGCCGGAGCGGCGUCCACGUGGAGUUCAGCCACCUGUCCUUCUACUUCCGUUCCUAUGGCGACCUGACGCCCGACGAGAUGGACCGGGUGUGUGCCUUCCUCCACGGCCGUGUGCAGGCCCAGGAGAGGACCCAGCUCUACCAACUCAAGGCCUGCUUCAAAGCCUUCCGCAGUGUUGCGUACCGGAGCUGCAGCUACUGUCUCGAGGAGCUGGAUGAGGAGAGGAGCCUGCGGCUGAAGGAGCUACUGAGCGAGUACUUUGACAAGAGGAGGGACCUGGACCUCAGCAAGGAGUACCAACAGGACCAGGAUGAAGACGAGGACUCGCUCAUCAAACUCAAGAUGAAGGAUUGGGAGGGCCAGAUCCGUGCCGACGUCCGAGGGUUCCUGGCCAGCCGCAGUGACGAGAAGUUCUCCGGGCGGGCAGUGGCACGGAUAUUCCAUGGAAUUGGGAGCCCCUGCUAUCCUGCCCAGAUCUUUGGCAGGGACCGCCGUUUCUGGAGGAAAUACAUUCAGUUCGAUUUCAAUGAAAUCAUCCGUCUUGCCACACAAGAAAUAAUAAGGACCAAGUGAUGACAUGGGAUGAGCUGAGCUGUGCUGCAUGUGGCACUUUUGAGUCACCCUUUUGCAUUUUGUGAGCUUCUCACUGGACUGUGUGUGUGUGUGUGUGUGUGUGUGUGUGUGUGUGUGUGUGUGUGUGUG